AUGUCGAACUUUGCGGAAUGGGCGAGCGAAAAGUUAUCCUCUUUUCAUGAACUUGAACUUGAUCGUGAAACUUUAGAGGCACAAAUUAUACCAUAUUUAUUGUCUUUUGACGAUAAAUCUGAUUUGGCUAAACAUUUGCAAGAAUUAUUGGGUGUAAGCGGUGAUAGAACAACUUUCAUUGAAGAAUUCAUUGCCAAAAGAUUUCCUCCUCAAAAGCAAAUUACUGCUACAUUCCCACAAACUCGUGUGCUUCAAACCCACCAGUUUCCUACACCUGUUACGCAAAGCCGUAACGCUCCCAGUUCCUCAACACGUGUAAAUCGACAGGAAAAUAGUCGAUCAUCAUCUCCUCAACCGAAUAAAGAUGAUUCUCAAGAAGCGUGGAAAAAAGAUAAGAAUGUUUAUAUAAAAAAGAAAGAUGAAGAAGAUUAUUUUGUUGGAAGUAAAAAAUCGAAACAAAGCAAAAAUCUGCCACAGGUUAAUAACGAAAAUCCCACGACGACUGAUUCGUCAGUCUCCAAACCCCCUCUUCCUCCUCCUAAUCCUGAUCAACAACAACAACAUUUAAGCGCAUGGAAAUCAACUAAAUCAACUAAAAAACUAAUGGAUCUAGAAAAGGCGAUAAAAGAUUUAGAAAAUGAUCAAAGAAAUGAGACAAAAAGAGUUCCGUGCCAUUGUCAAGCGACAAAACAUCCUCUUUUGGAAGUUGCACCCAAUUGCCUGAGUUGUGGCAAGAUAAUUUGCACUUUUGAAGGAAUUGGACCUUGCACUUUUUGUGGGAAUCCUGUAAUUUCACGUGAACAGCAAUUAGAAAUUGCUAGGGAUGUAAAAAAGAAUGCAACAAGCCAACAACAAAAAUCUACGAAAAAGAAAAAAGUUGGUGGUGGUGGAUCGAUACCAUAUGCUGCCAAAGUAUCUGGCAAUUUUGCUGCUGCAACUGCGAAUGGAGGAGGGUGGGUAGAAUUGGGCUAUAACGAAGAAGACGAAAAAAUUCAAAAUCAAAUUCGUGAAGAAAGACGUCGAGCAGCGGAAAUGCAUAAAGAGAAACUGUUAGAAUAUGAUCGAACAAGUGCAAAGAGGUCCACUAUCAUUGAUCAAGCUGCCGAUUUCACACUUCCUGCUGAUCGUCCGAAUCAAUGGUUAAACGAACAGGAACAGACAGAAUUACAAAAAAAGCAAAAAUCUAAUUUACGCAAAAUCCAAAAGAAAUCCUAUGGAAAACGCAAAGUGUAUUCACUUAAAGAGCUGGAAUAUACACCUGAAUUUAUAAACUUAAAAUCCAAAUCAUCCAAAAAUAAAAAAGGUUCGACUGCUCAAGAGCAUGAUGAGAAAGCGGAAAAAUCGAAUACGAAAAAGACUACCCGCGUGCAAGAUAUCGAUGAAUAUUUUAAAGACGCGACAAUAUUUUCUGGUAGAACAGAUGAAAAUUUGGUUGAUGACGCGGAGCCUGAGUGUGGAUGA